UUCGGGCGCACUGAAUAAUGAUUUUUGUGCUAAAAAUGAAAAUUGUUUUAACACGCAUGUAAAUGAAAAUGAAAAUUGAAUUUACUGCGAACUGCUAAUUGAGGGGAAUUCGAUAAAUGUGCGACUGUGCGUGCGAAGUAUACACCGUGUCUCGAUUACAAAUUGAUGAGCACUACAAAUAAAAUUAAAUAGAAAAAAUACCUACUUGUCUAUGUAUAUAAAAAUUUGGCAUCGCGCAAGUUCCAAUAAGUUCAAGUGCUUUGGUAAUAAAUGUAAAAAUAAAAGUGCGUGCCUACAAGUAUACGACAAAAUAUUAAAUAAAAUCACAGUUCAACACACACACACACUUACUCUCAACUGUGACAUUGGCAGCACACACGCACAGCACCAACAACAAUAACAACAACUGCGAUUUUUGUACAUACGAAAUAUAAAGACGACGACAGCCGCCUUCAGUGUUGGCAACUUGGGCCUAUGAAUGAAAUGACAUAAAACUGCGGUUGUGUGUGUGUGUGUGUAGCAUUUACACCAACACAACAAAACGUAGCAUGUGUGUGUGUGUGCGUGCGUGCGUCUACGUAUGAUCUGACUGUGUGCAUGAACUUCGGAGGCGGGGUUCGAGGCGCGCUCUCAACAUUUAAAAGCAUAUAAAAAGGCAAUUUGGAAGAUUUUUUAGACGGUGCCCUUGCCUGCCAGCAACAAACACGAGCUUCAACUACAUACAACAACCGUUGAACGUGGCGCGCAUAUUUCGGUUAAAGUUCGCAGCUUCCACGCCACUUGAAAAGCGGCAGCUUGCUAAGAAACCGAAACCAGCGCAUCAAGAGCAUCAGCAGUAGCAGCAGAAGGAAAAAGAGCAAGAAAAGUUCCGUGGCUGUGGUUGUGGCUGCACAUUCCCCGCACAUUUCAAACGCGACGCCACGCAACGGUGAUGUGGGACACAUCCCGUACCGGGCAAUGCAACAACCCCAACGUUAUAUACCGUCUGUAUCUGAUCUAUAUGGCACGGACGAGAUAGAACUGCUGCUGGACGAGAUACGUGAACUGGAGCUGGAGCCGGUCUGCUGUCAGCUGGACGAUGAGCAAGACUUUGAAAUAGCUGGCAGCAGGGCCGGUGAGCUCUCGCUGUCCCUAGAAUCGCCCCUCGGCACGUGCACCUCCUGGGACUCGCACGCCAACUAUAAACAGCGCAACGGCCAUACACCGCUGCCAUGGGGCGUCGCCCUACACUGUGAUCCGCAACACUUGAAAUCGCCUACAGGGAUUGUGCGCAUACUACUGGUGUUAUCCUCGGCUGCCUGCCUUGCCUGCGAAUGCUCCGCGGGCACCGUGCAGGUGGGCCUCUUUCUACUGCCACUCAUUGGACGCCUAAGGCUGAUGGUCUUCUGUGCGCUCUUCUCACUACUCAUCACAUGUCUCAUGCUGUUUCUGGAUAUAUCGCAUAUAGCGCUCAUGUUUCCAUUCAAUUGGACGAAAGUGAAUACGUGGAUGUACCUGAGUAUUGGUUUGAUAUUGAUUUUGAGCUCCACGCUGCUUGUUCACAUGGUGCUCUACGCCACAGAGUACACUUGGGUAUCGAAGCACUCAAAAGACACACUCCUGGCCACGGGCAUAAUAGGCUACGUGUGCGCCUUGGAGGCUCUACUACUUUCGGGAAUCGCCUCCUGGCCCUGGACUCAGUAUCGUCAGGUGCCGGACGAUGUCAGCGAACUGUUUAUCGAGGAUCGGGAAAUGACGCCUAUGAGUCCGCUGAACAGCACAGACCUACAGCCGGGCAACAACCACUCGCCGUAUCAGCACAGCAGCCACAACAAUGGAAAUGCGCCAACCACGGCGGCUGAUGUGUACAACCAACAGCAACAAUCGUCCUAUAAUCAAAAGCCUUAUAUACCUGCCAAACGACCCAAUGAGCUUAACAAUCAGCGUCCAACUUUGGGUCAAACCGCUCGCAUUAAACCGAAUCAACGUUAUCGCGAGGGCUAUCACUACCAACCGGUUGCGUCAACGUCCCGCCAGAGUCCCACAUUCGUCCUAGGCGAUGAUCAGGGUGCCGGUCCAUCCACAUCCCGUUCCAAUGAUAAUUCCAGUGCGUGAUAGUUUUUAUUCCUCAACACAAAGAUGAAAUUUAUAUAAAAAAAAACAAGAAACAAACAAAUUGUCCACAAAGUAAAAAUAAUAACUGAACGGAGAUUUCGAGGAGUCAAAUGUUGAGGCGUUGCAUUUGCUAAAUGUAAAAGAAAUAUAUAGAAAAAACAAAAACAAAACAAAAAACAAAUUGUUGAAUAGUUGAAACAGCAAAAGUUGAAGAAAUUGAGAGCAGCAAAACAAUAAUAAAUUUAAUAAUUGUGUGUGUGUAAGCGUAA